AUGACGGGAGGAUCUCUGAUGAGUGUUUUCUGCAGCACAGCAAACGGCGGACAAGGAUAUCGUAAAAGAACGCAAAGCGGUUUGUUGGAGAUCACUCGACAAUGUUCGGGAGUUCAGCGUGACGAAACCAAUGGCUGUUACCAAAGAUUCCAUGUUCCCUUCAGGCUCACAAACAUUUUGACAUCGCCACACCAAACACUUCUAUCACAAGCUUCUCCUCAAAGUUUCACAACUUUGGCAGGGAACUCUACAUCCGACAAAACGACGUCGCCUAAGAUAGAAUGCAAGGAUGAUUCCGAUGGAGACCUUGAUAUGGAAGGAGACAAUGAAAAUGAUGCGGAAGAAGAUUUUUGUGAACAAGAUCAAGCUUCCAACGCUGCGUCAAGAGAGCAGGACGUUAAGAGUUCCUUCUCCGACGGCCCCUUCCCGGAAGGAGCAGUAAAAAGAGCGGCAGAGAAAGCUGCCAGGAGCUUCCAAAGCACACAACCUAAGGUUUUCGCAUGGCAAAUUCUUCGCGAAUCAGUGACCGAUGAGGAAUUACGCAAUGUUCAAAUCAGCUUGCGUACCUUUCACGGAGAAACGGCGGCCCAUCUCCUGACGAGGCAGCUUCCAAAAAUUCGACUUGUGGUUGAGGCCACAAUGAAGUAUUUCAAAUGGGAUUCGCUUCCAGAGGAAAGCCAGUUGAGCAAAGCUAAGCUUAUACUUAGUCAUCUGAAAAACAAUGCAAAAGUUCGCAACUGGACGUUACGUGAGGGCAGGCCAAAUAGAGUUGCAACCACAACGGCGAAUAUGGACGUUAUGUGGAAGAGGUAUGCCAGUCUGCUAGGUCCUGGUGGACUUGCCGCUGCUGGUCUCUUGCCUGUUCUACCAUCACUGGGGGCACAACAGUUGUGA